AUGGAGAAGUUGGCUUUCGCGUUGAUAAUCGUGGCACGAAGACUUAAGCCAUACUUCCAAGCGCAUACCAUCAUUAUUUUAAUAGACAAACCAUUGAGAAAAUCCAUGAGUAGCCCAGAGGCAGCAGGAAGAAUGGCUAUGUGGGUAGUAGAGCUGAGCGAGUUUGACAUCCAAUACCGCCCGUGGACUGCCAUAAAAGGGCAGGUAGUAGCUGACUUCAUCGUCGAGUUCACUCUCGAAGAUGGCCAGGUGGCGGAAGAUAAAGGACAAUGGAAUAUCUAUACAGACGGAUCUUCAAAUAGACGAGCCAGAGGAGUCGGCGUAGUGAUCCAAACUCCGCAGGGGGACAAGAUCCAAUGUAUGAUCCGAUUGGAUUUCCCCAUAACCAACAACGAGGCAGAGUAUGAAGCCUUGGUGGUAGGGCUAGACCUUGCAAAGGCUGCGGGAGUAGAAAACAUAGUCAUACACUGCGAUUCACAGGUGGUAACGAGUCAGAUCAAUGACAACUACGAGUGCAAGAACGAUAGAAUGAAGAGGUAUUUAGAAGAAGUAAAAUACCGAAUUAGCGACCUCGAAGUCAAAUUCAUUCAGAUCCCAAGGGAAGAAAAUGAAUGUGCCGACCAUCUAGCAAAAGCUGCGUCAGCCGAGUUUAUGCUUGUCCCCAAAAAGGUAUUAUCAUUCGUUCAACUCUCCUCACUUAUUGAUGAUGUAAUAAGUAUGCAGGAAGUAAACUCUGAAUGCAAUUGGACUACACCAUUGAUAUCCUACCUAAAAACUGGUGUGUUAUCGGAUGAAAAGGGCGCCGCAAGAAAAUUGAAGGUCCAGGCAUCACAGUAUGGGAUACCCAGAGUGCUGGUCUCUGGCAACGGUAAGCAAUUCGACAACAGUGCGUUCAGAGACUUCUGCUCGAAGCUAGGGAUCAAGAAUCACUACUCAUCGCCCGCACACCCACAGGCAAAUGGGCAAAUCGAAGUCACGAACCGGUUCUUGCUCAAGAUAAUCAAGACCCAGCUCGAUGAGGCAAAUGGUAUCUGGCCAGACGAACUACCAAGCGUCCUAUGGGCAUACCGGACCACAGUAAGAACUCCCAUUGGAGAAACACCAUUUCGACUUGCGUAUGGAACUGAAGCUGUCAUUCCCGUAGAAGUGGGGCUCACGAGCUAUCGGGUGGAGAGCUACGACGAAGAUAAGAACAAAGAAGCCAUGCGCCUCCAGCUCGACCUAGUGGACGAAGUCAGAGCAGCAGCAAAGUAG